AUGCUCUGGAGCGCCGUGACUCUGGCCUUCCACGGGCUGCUCAGAGUCAACGAGUACACCUUCACGGCACGGGGCGCCGGCCUUGAGUACAGCGAUGCGACCAUGUACCCAGACCGCGUGGAGCUGCGCCUGCGUGUGACAAAGACGAGCCAAUACGGCAGCGGCCAGGACAUUAGCGUCAGGAGGACAGGCUCGCCGACAUGCCCGCACACGGCAGCCACCAGCUACCUAGCAGCCCGUGGCUCGGCACCUGGCCCGCUCUAUCGCUAUGAUGACGGCACGCCCCUGAAGCCGCAUAACAUCAACAGGCUACUACAAACAGCCUUGCCUAACAAAGACGUGCGCAGCCACAGCCUCAGACGAGGCGCUGCAACGCUGGCAGGCAAAGCUGGCGUGCCUGAGUACGUGCUGAAGACCGCCGGCAGGUGGCAAAGCUCUGCCUACCUCCGCUAUGUCCGCACCCCUGUCGCAGACAGAGCAUUGCCAGCGGCAUUGUUCUAG